AUGAGUAAAACAGCCGACAAUCUCCCAUGGGUUGAAAAAUACCGUCCAAAGAACCUUGAUGAUAUUGUUCAACAGGAAGAAGCUGUUAAAGCAUUAAAAACAACACUUGAAACAGGAGAUUUACCACAUUUAAUUUUCCACGGUCCACCUGGUACAGGAAAAACAUCAUUAGCACUUGCAUUAUGCAGAUCUCUAUUCGGGGAUGACUUUAGGUUACGUGUAAAGGAGCUUAAUGCUUCAGAUGAACGUGGUAUCGAUGCAGUUCGUUCCUCUAUCAAAGAAUUUGCAUCAUUAGCAGUUCCUAACGGUAAAAUCCCAUUUAAGAUUGUUAUUUUGGAUGAAGCAGAUUCAAUGACUUCUGCAGCUCAAAAUGCACUCCGAAGAAUCAUAGAAACAUACUCAUCGGUUACUCGUUUCAUUAUAAUAUGCAACUACGUUUCUAAGAUCAUUGACCCAAUCUUAUCUCGUUGCGCAAAAUUCAGAUUUAAACCAUUAGAUCGCCCAGCCAUUAUAGAGAGACUUCACAAGAUAUUUGAAGACCAAAACUUAUCAGUAGAUAGCGAAGAUACUUAUGAGACAUUAGUUAACAUUUCUGGUGGAGAUUUACGUAAAGCAAUUACAUUUGCUCAAUCAGCGGCAUCUACAUGUUCCCUGACAAGGAAGAUAACGUCAGAAAUAAUUACAAGCAUCAGCGGAGCUCCAAAUCCAGCUGAUGUCGAAAAUUAUUUUAAAACAUGUUUAUCUGCCGAUUGGGACACAAUUGAGAACGCUACGAUCGACCUUGUUUACGCUGGAUACGAUAUUGGUCAGAUUUUCGAAAUUUUGAUCAAUUUAAUUGUAAAAACAAACGAAAUUCCAGAAGCAAAGAAGCCAGAGCUCAUUCUUAAGAUUGCACAAGCUGAUGGAGCAAUUAUUAAUAGAGCCGAUCCUCAAUUCCAACUUAUUAGUAUAUCUUCUUCUAUCAGAGCUUCAAAAUAA